AUACAUAUAUGUGGUGAAUUGGUGAUGAAGAUACAAUUAUGUUAUUCCUGCCUAAUAUUUCUUUUAAUCCAUUUGACUGAAAAUCAUCAAAUUGAUAAUUAUUUAUCAAAAAAAUGUAAAACACCAGAAGGAAAUCUAAUAAUUAGUGAAUUUGGGAAGUGUGGAAGUAUAGUCAAGCUAAAUAAACACCUGCUUAAUGAAGAUACCUUACAUAUACGUUAUGAUAAUAUUGAAGAAGCUAUAAAGAAUAGUAAAUUUGGAGAAUCAUAUGCGAUAGUGUUAUACACAGAAAAUGGUUAUAUUCAAUGGCUUGUAUUCUUUCAAAAUAUUUGUGGUACAAUCUAAAG